AUGAAGUUCCUAUGCCUUCCAGGAGGCUAUUGUUGCGCUGCUUCUUUCAAAGUCCAGCUAGCGCCGUUCUGCGACUCCCUCGUGGCCAAUGGAGAUGCUACCUUCCACUACACUCAGGGAACCACCGAGGUGCAUGUUGCACCAGAGUUUCAAGGGUUCUUUGGCCCUGCGCCCAACUACACUUUUAUGAAGGCCGAUGGACCUGACAUGAUGUUGAUAAAUAUGAGGGAUUUCCCCAAACGCAACACCCCGGAGGAAGCAAUGAAGGCCGCUGAAGAGCUGGCUGGCCAUCCCACAUUCUCCUGUAUCACCGAAGUCGUGGACCGCCUGGUCGGCAUUCUUGAUAGUGAAGGCGAUAUUGAUGGUGUGAUUGGCUAUUCGGAAGGCGCUCAAAUCGCAGCAUCGCUUCUCCUGGAAGAACAAAGGCGAGAGCGAGAACUUGGCCGCAAACCCCGAAUCAAAUGCGCUGUACUUUUCGGUGGAUGGCCGCCCAUGCAUCCGGUCACUGGCAAGCUCGUUGUCGCUGAUGACUACGAUAAAGAGCCCAUCACUAUUCCCACCUGUCAUGUCGUUGGUGCCUCGGAUCCGUUCCUUGAUGGUUCAAUGGCUCUUUACAACAUGUGUGAUCCCGAUACUGCUGAUCUGUUUGACCAUGGAGGUGGACAUGUUCUUCCACGAGCGAAACAUACAGUUGAUGAGCUUACAUCAAUUGUGCGCGAGAUGAUUAACUCCGUGGCCUAA